AUGACUUAUCUAUUAGAAACAGAAAUUUCGUUUGGGGGUCAUUGCGCAAUUGGUGAGCGACGUACUCCAGACACCGUACCACACUCACCUGCAUCCACUGUUUCAGAAGGCGCAAAACGUCAAUGUAAACAACCAGCAAGCAAUAAUAAUGAUCUUGUUGAUGAUGCCGCCGAGCCUAGUAAUAAUAAAAACGUUGAUAAUCAUAAUGAAGCUGAUGAAGCCGCCAAGCCUAAUGGUACUAAGGAUGACGCAGAUAAUGAUGAUGACCGGGCCGCUGAACGCCGCAAGCCGAAGAAGAAACUGACGAUCAAGGACAAGAAAAACGAAAUGAUGGCAGCCGACCCUAUAUAUGUACGCCCUCUUAUUGGAGAAACACAUGUUCAAUCAAAGCGGUGUAUGACUGCCGCUUAUAAAUAUUUCGAGAGAUGUAUAUCAUGCGUCGCAAAGCAAACUGAUGUAUGCCGAUUUACGGAAUUUAGAAUUUUCGGUGAGGAUGAAGAAACCGGGGAUCUUAUUUAUGGACCGAAUUUUAAAUCAAUAACUGAUCCAGAACCAGAAGACAAAUAUGAAUUAUUGGAAACUUCUUCGGAACAGAGGGACUAUAUAUUAAAUCAAAUUGCAAGGGCAUAUAAUAAGAUUUUAAAAAGAGAGAUUCCACAUUUUGACAUGGCCAAAACUAGAAAAAUUCCUCGCCACGAUAUAAUUCAAUUAUGUGACGUCUGCGAAAGUACAAUCUUCAGCGGAUAUUGGAUGUGUUGCGUUUGCGGACGAGAAACAUGUUUAUACUGUUAUGACGAAUGGGAGGAUGGACCAAUGGACCGACAUACCAAAUUGCUAAGAUGCCGUUGUACAUAUGGGCGGUUCCAUGAAAAAUCUCAGAUGGUUCCAAUUUACCAUUAUACGAAAGAAGAAAUAACUCUUCUUAUCGAGGAAACAGAUUUCAUUAUUGCGAAUCUCAAUGACGAUGAUAUGCAAGAAAUUGAAGACAACUAUGAACUCCCGGAUCACGAAUCAGAAGACAAGGUGGACGAACUCCAGAAACAAGACCAAGGAAAUUCAGGCGACAUACCGGACAAUCCUCAACUGGAAACUACCUCUCCUCAAGAACCAGACGUUAACAACGUUAAUAUUGAGCCAGACAUUAAUAACGUUAAUAUUGAGCCAGAUGUUAAUAUUGAGCCAGACGUUAAAAUUGAAUCAAACGUUAAGAUCGAGUCAGACAUUAAGAUCGAGUCAGACGUUAAGAUUGAGUCAGACUUUAAGAUUGAGUCAGACGUUAAGAAUAUUGAGCCCGUUAAUGUCGAGCCCGUUAAUAUUGAGCCUGUUAAUAUUGAGCCAGACAUUAAUAUUGAACCAGAUGGUAAUAUUGAGCCAGACAGCUUAUUAUUCGAUAACACGACUGCAGAAGAACCGAACAAUGCAAACCCAUUAAUUCAAGAAUCAUCAAGGCAUAACGAACAUACGAAGUUAGUAUUUGAAGCUAAUGAAUUAUCGACAGAAGAAUUUGAAAAGCUUUGGAAAAAGGGGUACCCAAUUAUAAUAACGAACAAUUCUAAAAAAUUAUCAUCAAGAUUAUGGUCACCAAAGUAUUUUAUUAACAAAUAUGGCAAUGAUUCUUGCGAAACCGUUGAUUGCGAGACCGGAAAAAUUUAUAAAAUGAAUGUCAGACUAUUUUUUAACGGUUUUCAAAACCCUGAUCAGAGAUACUCCAAAAGCAACAAAUUUCCAUGUUUAAAACUUAAGGAUUGGCCUUCAACGGACGAUUUUGCUAACGUGUUCCCGGAUCACUUUAAAAAUUUCAUGAAUUCAUUACCAUUUAAAGAGAUCACCACCAGGGAAGGUAAAUUUAAUUUAGCUCACAGACUUCCUAUUGACAUCAAUAGACCUGAUCUCGGGCCAAAGAUGUACAACGCGUAUGGCUCCAAUGACAACGAAGGCGGAAAGGGUACCACUAAUCUUCACCUAGACAUGACCGAUGCAGUCAACAUGAUGGCCUACGCCCCAAGCGAAGAGGAAAAGUUAUUGUCUGAACAAAACAAACCUGGUGCAGCAGUCUGGGACAUUUAUUAUCCUGCAGACCUCCCAAAGGUACGCAGGUUCUUGAGGAAAGUAGCAAAUGAAAGGGGGUUAAUUAUUGAUCAUCCCAUCCAUGAUCAGUGCUUUUAUUUGGAUGCUUCUUUAAGAGAACGGCUUUUAAAAUCAGAAGGGGUUUCCGGUUGGCGUAUCUAUCAGAAUCCUGGGGAUGUUGUCUUUGUGCCUGCAGGUUGUGCACAUCAAGUGUGCAACUAUACUAGUUGUAUUAAAGUUGCUGUUGAUUUUGUGUCCCCUGAGGGCGUUGGACGAAGCUUAGCGGUCAGCCAACAGUUCAGAAAGUUGUCUCGUGGUCACAAAAGGAAGCGGGACAUUCUUCAGCUUCCAAAUAUCUUAUAUCACAGCUGGAAAACAGUGUAUAAUGGAUUGUCGGCAUAA